CUGAUGAAUGAACGAAGUGUUCAAAACUUACACCUUCUAUCUAUACAUACACAUAUACACACAAACACAUUGUAAUUUCCCUGAUUCACCUUCAAAUCUGAUCGCAUUGCCAUUCAGAUCGCUUAAUUUUAUGCACACACUCAUAAUAUUACAUAAUUACACACAAUUAUACACAUACUAACACGCACUAGUGUGUGAAAUUGGUGAAAUAUGGGAGUUGUGCCAUCCUCGCCGCGCCGGAGCGGUGCGCAGCCGCCGGACACGGCGGAGUAUUUGAUCGGAAGAUUUGUCGGCGAGAUAUCGUUGCCGAUCACCUCUGAUUACUGGAACAAAUUGCUCGAGCUUCCGAUUGAUCUUCAUUGGCCGUCGAAUCGUGUUCAACAAGCUUGCCAAGUAUUCGAACAGAACAAUUGUUCCACAAGGCACCUAGCAAAGAUUUUGAUACACCUAGCUUGGUGUUUGCAAGAAUUAAUUUCUGAUUCCAGGGUGUUGUCUUCAGCUUCUACGAAAGCUAUUAAUGCAAUGUACAUCUCAUCAGUGUUUCUAAAGUACUUAAUUGAAGAUGCCAAAAGCGAUACCUUCGAAGAGUUAUACCUCUCCUUAAAUGAGAGCGAGGAACUACCGAACAACUUCUUAUCAGAUCAAAGCAUUGAAUACUUUGUUAUGCAUAGCAUUCUUACUUAUAUUGGUCAAGUAGACGUGAGCCCCAACACAUGUCUUCUGCACCACGGGCUGCUUGACUUCAUGCUUGUUGCCAUGUCUACUCAGUUGCUUUCAGGACCAUCACCAGGACCAAGUGAUGUCCACCCAUUUAUUGAUGCUGCAAUAUCUCAGGAAAGCAGUACAGUCGCCUUGGUAGUUAGCAAGCUACUACUUAAUUAUAUCACACAGCCCCAAUUUCCUGUGGAAAUUGUAUCUUAUGCUAUAUUUUCAGAAGAUCGGCCUGGUGUUCUGAAGAGAGUUGGUUCUGCUGCUGCAAAUUUUAUGUUGUUGCCAUUAACAUAUCUCGUCAGUUCAACUAAAGAAGCCUCCAGAAAUCCAUUGGCUGAAAGCAGUCUUAAUAUUCUACUCACUCUUAUCCACUACCGCAAAUGUUUUGUGCUGAAGCAUGAGAAGGAUACGAGUGUUGGUACAGCUACUUCAGAUUCUCUCCUGAAAGAAGAUACAUAUUUAUCGGAAAACCCUUAUUGCAAAGCCUUAGCAAAUGCCAAGGAUGUCGAAUUUGACCGUGUGAAUUUAGUGGGCAAUGCAGUCAGUGGUUCACUUGUGAGAUUACCUUUUGCCUCUCUAUUUGACACUCUUGGCACGUCUCUGGCUGAUGAAGUUGCUAUUUUACUGCUUUACUCACUACUUUAUGAAAAUGCAGACUUUCUGGAGUAUGUCUUGGUGCGAACAGAUCUGGAUACAUUGUUAAUGCCUUUGCUGGAAACGCUGUAUAAUGCUUCAAAAAGGUCAUCCAAUCAAAUUUAUAUGGUGCUAAUCAUCCUUCUUAUACUCAGUCAGGACUCCACUUUCAGCGCCAGCAUUCACAAAUUGAUUCUACCUAAUGUUCCAUGGUAUGAAGAGCGCAUUCUUCAUCAGAUAUCACUUGGUUCCCUCAUGGUCAUAAUUCUCAUAAGGACUGUCAAGUACAACCUAUCUAUGUUGCGGGAUGUAUAUCUCCAUACAAAUUGUCUUGCCACUCUGGCAAACAUGGCACCUCAUGUGCAUCGCCUGAGUGCUUUUGCAUCUCAGCGAUUGGUUAGCCUUUUUUAUAUGCUAUCACGAAAGUACUCCAAAUUAGCUGAGUUGAAAAACAAUAUGAUGCACUUGAGCAAUGGUGAACUAAAAGAUGAUGACAUCUCAGAAGACACGUCGCCAGAACUGCAUAUAUAUACGGACUUCCUACGAAUCGUUCUAGAAAUAUUAAAUGCUAUUCUAACGUAUGCUUUGCCCCGGAAUCCUGAGGUUGUUUAUGCAAUUAUGCACAGGCAGGAGGUUUUUCAGCCUUUCAAGAGUCAUCCACGGUUCAAUGAACUGAUUGAGAACAUUUUUACAGUCUUGGAUUUUUUCAAUGCCCGUAUAGAUGCCCAGAAUAAAGAAGGUGAAUGGUCUGUGGAGAAGGUACUUCAAGUCAUAAACGUAAACUGCCGGUCAUGGCGAGGUGAAGGAAUGAAGAUGUUCACUCAGUUACGUUUCACAUAUGAACAAGAGAGCCACCCUGAAGAGUUCUUUAUUCCAUAUGUGUGGCAACUAGUUGUAUCUCGCAGUGGUUUCAGCUUUAAUCCCAAAAGCAUAAACCUAUUUCCAGUAGAUAUCCCUGUGGAAAUAAGUUAUGAAGCAAGGGAGGUUGACAAGCUCCAAACUGAUGAAGAGUUGUGAAUCUAAUAAUUAUGUCCAAUUACUUGGAUUUGUAUAUAUUCACUAUAGAUGCUUUCUCAUUUUAGCAUGUUUAUCUUGUCCAACUUCAGAACCGUCUCCUGGAGCUUAAAUCGGUGGUCUGUAACAAAUAAAAGGGUACUUUACCCAGUUUUAUGUCAUAUGUUUCUACCCGUUAUAAAUUUUUAAGUUCAUGUCA